UAUAUAGAAUAGCCCUCAUCGAACUCCCAGCAUGCAAAAAGAUUAGAUCUUGUCGAUAUCGGUCGGAAAUAUGAAUUCUUUACCAAAACCAGCCCCUUCAAACCGGAAACCAUUGAUUCCCCCAAAAGAUGAAAUGGUAAAUUUGAGGACCAAUCGCAAUAAAAGAGCAAGGACCAAUGUUUCAGAGCGGGGUGAUGUUGACGACGAUGUUGACAACGCAAUGGCAUUCAUAAGAAAAGCCUUAUUGGCCAAAUCGUUAGAGAUUAAGAGACUCGAAUCACGACUUGAACAAAUGAGCUCGGAGUCCAGUGCAGCCAUGUCAAGAUUCCAGCAACUAUCCGAUGAUAAUGCAGCUCUGGAGAAAGAAAACAAAGACCAAGCCGAGACAAUUGAGAUCUAUCGACUCCAGUUGUCAAACAUCAGAAAAGAAAUGCGGAAAUCGAUCUCUAGGGCGGAAGAGAAAUGCAGAAAAAUCUUGUUUUCGAAUGCCCGACUAGAGGAAGGAUGGGGCAACAUGGCAGAGAUAAGGGACCUCACAGAAGUUAACAUGAAGAAGUUUACCGAGGAACAGGGCUUUUGCUCCCAUACUGCCUUUACUCUUCAUCGGCCUGUUAUUUAUUUCAAGAUAAUCGAUGAGCGGACGUUUCUUAUUGUUCUUGAUGGUGCGCCGACUGUGGGACCUACUGCUGAGCGAAUUGAGAUACUAUCAGGAUAUGAACCAUGUGAUCGUAAGAGGGCACUGUAUUAG